CUUCUAUAAAACCUUGAGCUUUGCUGCUACAGCAGGAAGAAGAUGAUCAUGAUCAUCUGAACUGCUUUCGAGCUCCGGCGAGAUCGCGAAGCUGCUGGCGGUUAUUCGGAGGGCGAAUUUUUUCACCAAGUUCUUGAAGGUGAAAUAUUUCUUUUCAAUACUCUUGCCAUCAAAGGAACCAUGAUCGAACCAUUGAUGAAGGAUAGAGACAAGUGUGUUGACCCUGAGCUGUGGCACGCUUGUGCUGGAGGGAUAGUUCAAAUUCCAACAGUGAACUCCAAGGUCUACUACUUCCCCCAGGGUCAUGCUGAGCAUGCUCAAGAGGUUGUGAACUUGGGCACAUCUCAGCGCAUACCGCCACUCAUUCCCUGCCGAGUCGUUGCAAUCAAGUUCAUGGCUGAUCAUGAAACUGAUGAGGUCUUUGCCAGGAUCAAGAUGAACCCUCUUAGUGACAGUGAACUGGACUAUAUUGAAGAUGAUGGGUUGGAUCUUCGAAUGAAUGGAUUUGGCUCACAAGAAAACCCUGCAUCUUUUGCCAAGACAUUGACCCAAUCAGAUGCGAACAAUGGUGGUGGAUUUUCUGUGCCCCGAUAUUGUGCUGAGACCAUCUUCCCCAAGUUGGACUACUCUGCAGACCCACCUGUGCAGACUGUGAUUGCAAAGGAUGUGCACGGCGAUGCAUGGAAGUUUAGGCACAUAUACAGGGGAACACCUAGACGGCAUCUGCUAACUACAGGAUGGAGUAACUUUGUUAACCAAAAGAAGCUUGUUGCAGGAGAUUCCAUAGUUUUUCUUAGAGCCCAAAAUGGGGAUCUCUGCGUUGGCAUUCGCCGUGCCAGAGUAGGCAAGGUUGGUGAUGGCCCAGAAACUAGGGUAGGAUGGAAUUCCCUCGGUGGCAAUGGUGAGUCCAACUGUGGUGGUUUUGCUGUCUUCCUGAGGGAUGAAGAGAGCAAAUUGUUGAGAAAUGAUCGUGGUAAUUCUGACUCCUGUACAGGUAAGAGGGGAAGGAGCAAGGUGCUACCAGAUUCUGUCUUCGAGGCAGCAAAUCUAGCAGCAAAUGGUCAGCCAUUUGCGAUCAUGUACUACCCCAGAGCUAACACACCAGAGUUUUGUGUAAGGGCUGGAGCAGUAAAAGCAGCAAUGAGAAUCCAUUGGUGCCCUGGGAUGAGAUUUAAAAUGGCUUUUGAAACCGAAGAUUUGUCAAGGAUCAGUUGGUUCAUGGGUAGUAUAUCUUCAAUUCAGGUUGCAGAUCCAGUAAGGUGGCCUAAUUCACCAUGGAAACUUCUUCAGGUGACAUGGGAUGAACCAAACCUGAGAGAGAAUGUGAGACGGGUUAACCCUUGGCUUGUUGAGCUUGUCUCAAACACACCGGCUGUACAUCUUACAGAUCUCUUGCCACCUACAAAAAAAUCACGAAUUCCCCAACACCUUAAUUUUCCGUUUGACAGUCAAUUUAAAAGUUCAAUGAUCCUCGGAAACCCCCUUUUCCCACCGUCCAUUGCUCCUGCAGCCAUACAGGGAGCCAGGCAUACACAGUUUGAUCUAUCUUUAUCAGAUUUUCACCUUAACAAAAUCCCAACAGAUCUACUCUAUCCAGCAUUUUGCCGGGUUGGUUACGCUAAUCCCCCCUCGAGAAUUUCUGCUGGCGUUAUUGUUGCCAGUCCGCCUGUUAAUGACAAUGUGUCCUGUUUGCUAACCAUUGCUCAUCCUCCUCAGAGCCUGGAAAAACCGUCAGAUACUAAGCCAACACAACUGAUGCUCUUUGGGCAGCCAAUACUCACCGAACAAGAGGUAUUCCUGAGUAAACCAGAGAAUUCAAUUGGCCGUGAUGCUACCAGAAACAGUCCAUCAGAUAGGAAUAUUGAGAAGUCAUCAAACAAGUCCAAUGGUUUGAAAUUUGCACCAACUCAGAAGAGGUCUCUCAAAGCAUUCCCAUGUCAUUUGGAGCAUCAGUCUUUGGAGCUUGAUAUAGAGACUGGCCAUUGUAAGGUGUUUAUGGAAUCAGAGGAUGUAGGUCACACCCUGGACCUCUCAGUCUUCGGCUCGUAUGAGGAACUUUAUGGGAGGCUUGCUGACAUGUUUGGAAUAAACUGCUCAAAUAUGACAAGUCAGAUACUUUACCAGGACGCGACCAGUACAAUGAAACACACUGGAGAUGAACCUUUCAGUGAGUUCAUGAAAACGGCCAGGAGACUGACCAUAUCAAUUGAUUCCGGAAGCGACAACUUCGCAAGGUAGUGAGUCUUUUGUCAAUUGUAUAGUUGAAUUACCAAAGUUUCUUCCAACUUGAUUGCUAAAUUCUUGUUCCAAAGCCACUUAUGAUGUUUGCCACAUCGUAUAAGUUGUCAAGUUAUGUAGCCAAUGGAUCAGUGCCAUGUUCUGCUAAUUUGUUAACGAUGCCAAGUUUUCAUUGUUAAAUGCUGGUCUUUUAUUGUU